UUUUUUCGUUGAAUGUGACUUUACAGCAAUAAUAAAAAUAUCAACAAUAAUUGUAUCAAGAUGAAGAUUUUUAUUGUUCAAUUUUUCACUUAUUUGUUGCUUCUGUUGAUAUUCAAUGGAUUCAUUCAACCCAUUCACAUGUUCACUAAUGAAACGAGUGAAUAUAAUAUUAAACAAGCCAAAUUGCUAAAAAUUGGAUUCAAUCAUGUGUUUUGGGAUUUUGUUAAUUCAAAUGAUCUGGAACCACUUAAAGUAUCAUCAUCAUGUAUCAAAAGUUUAAAUAAUGUUUUUAAUUCAAUGAAGAAGGAUAAUCAAUGGACAUUUCAAAUGUUUGAUUCAUCGUCUAGAUUUAUUAUUGAUUCAACUGAAACUGGUUACUAUGAUUUUGGUAAUUAUGAUAGAUGUUUGGGUCUUCAAUGGAUUAAUGAUGAAACAAAGGAAAGUGAAUUUGGUCAACAUUGUACAAUAUCAAUUUUACCGAAAAUAUCCGAAUCAGAAUACUCUACAAAUAUAUUUACCAGGAAUAAAAUAGUUUCAGAUUUUUUCGAAGCCAUUUUCAAGAUUGGUCUUUGUAUUCCUUCUUCUUGCUCUCAAGAUGAUAUUCAAACUAUCUUUUCUAAAGCUAUUGACGUUUAUGAUUGGCAGUAUGUAAAAACUGAUCAAUGUAAAAUUAAGACUACGUUGGUUGAAAAUAUUAUGAAUGCUAAGGGAUAUCAAAAAAUAUCAUUAGCUUUUUUGACUACAAUUGUUGUUAUAAAUUUAUAUGCAACUUGGUUGGAUUGGUCAGUGAAAUCUAGUGGCUGGACUCGACAUUUCUCUCUAAUUCGUAAUUACAAUGGAUUUAUCAAUCCUGUCUCAACAUCAAGAAUGACUUUUUUAACCAAAUUUCAACUGGUAGUUCAUUCAGGAACUAUAUUUGUCCAUGGAACAUUUUGGUACUUCUGUUGCAAAGGAUGGGGACUUUUUGGAAAUUCAAACAAUCUCAUAAAAAACCGUAACAACUUUAUGGUUAGAGGUGGAGUAAGUGAUGUGUUUACAUAUCUGCUCUUUGUUUACGGAUCGAUAACUCGCACCAUGGAAUGCUGGAAGUCCAUUGGACCAUCAACCUCUUUGAUUCCAUCUUUUAUCAACAUGUUCAUCAAAAUGUUUACAAUCAUCCUCAUUUCUCUUCCCCUGGUCGCUUUCACCUUCAUCACUCCAGUGUUUUUCGAUGGCCCUAUCAUGUCAAUAUUCAGUGAUUAUACUGCAGAAGCUUGUUUAAGAUCGUUUCAUACAAACCUUUUAUUUAUACAAAACAAUUAUCGUCCCAUAAUCGAUAUGUGUUUACCACACACUUGGUCUGUUGCUGUUGAAUUUCAAAUUUUACCUGUGAUCAUUUUAUUGGUUCAUCUCUACAAAAGAUCUCCAAAACUUGCUGUUAUCAUUAACUCAUUAAUAGUAAUAGCUGGAUUAUUAUAUACUGGUGUCUCUGCAUUCAUCAAAGAUGCUCAUCCUCACACGUUAAUCCGUUCAUUGGAUGCGAGACAACCGAUCUAUUGGUUUGAAAACGUUUAUUUGCCAACUCCAAUGAUUGUUUGGCUCUACACUCUCCCUCCUUUAUGGACAUAUUUGAUUAUGAACAAGUAUGAAAAAUCAAAUCCAAUUUUGAUGAAGUUUACUAGACGUAACAAAUUAUUUGCUGCUGUGCUAUUAAUAUUACACAUUUUACCAAUGAUUUGGAUUAUUUUGGAAAGCCAUGUCUAUCCACCAUUUUUGAACUUUAUUUAUUUCAUAUUCUUUCGACUUUUCAUUGGAGCUUUAUUCACAUUUGUGUACAUGAGCAAUUCAGAUUCAUUGCGAGAAUUUUUCUCUCAUCCAUUGGACAAAGAAAUUUUUAAUGAAAACAACAAUUACAUCAAUAAUAAUUUUGAACCAAGCUCUGAAAAGGAGAUUGACCAAGUCGUUCAGACGGAUGAAGACAAUGCAGUCACACAAUUUAGUAAAAAGAUUUCUUCUGGACAGAAGAAUCGUUUACUCCACAUUUGGUCAACACUCUGGCGAUCCUCAUACUAUGUGCAUAUCUGCAUGAUUACAUUACGAUAUUCAAUACAACGUUGGUCACUCAAUUCAAUAGAGUCAUUUGUUUCAAUAGCUAUUGAGUGUUUAGCUCUAACUUUUUUCGCAGCAUUUUUCUUUCAGCUAUUUGUUGUCGGUCCAGUUACCAGUUUUAUCGCAACUAUAAAGUUAAGACCACAGUUGAAACUCAAAGCAAAAUAAUCAACGGCAACUAAUGCACACAAUGCAAUCGAUUUGUGUGUGAGUUUGUCUGUGAUCAAUAAAAUACAAAAAAUUAUUUUUCAAACUAUUCAA